AAGACAAGUCCCUCCACCACAAUGAGCUCUGAACGUGAAGAAAUUGAUGUUGCAAAAACUGUUGUCAAUGGGCUGAGCAGCAAUGGACAAGAAAAAGAAAUGGAUCCCACUAAAGUCUGCAGUGGAAAAGGAGCUGUGACCCUCCGGGCAUCUCCAGCCUAUGAAGAGAAUCAGAAUAUCACUUCACCAUGUCCUCAGGAUGUUGAGCAACCUGAAAAUGAUUGGAAGUCAUCAUCUGACACUAAUGCCAAUGGGGAUGCCCAGCCAUCUUCUCUGGCUGCCAAGGGUUAUAGAAGUGUGCGUCCGAACCUUUCCUCAGACAGCAAGCCACAGGAUGCCACUGCCACCACCACAGCUCAGCCUGGGGUUAUAGUAGUCCCCCUCCUCCAGGUUAAUCCAGACAGACAGCAAGAAGGCAGCUCCAGCACUCCACCACCGCCUCUGGUUCCUUUCGGGCAAGGCUCCGUAUUCCCUGAGACUGUUUCUUCUGGCUCACCCUUGACUUUUCCAACUCUAGAUGAUUUCAUUCCCCCACAUCUCCAGAGGGGUUCCCACCAUAACCAAGCACCCUCUGCAUCUGGCACAUUACCCUCUGUUUACCCGAAACUGCCAUUCUUCUCAUCACCACCUUCACUUAUCCCUCCAGUCACGGGGUCUUUGCACAGAGGCUUGAAGCCUGAAAUCACUGGAGUCAUCUCACGUACAGACCCAGGUCCUGUACUAAAUGAAGUGCCCCAGCCUGGCACUGGCACUGACUAUUCAACAUCCUUCACUUCAAUCAACAAGUCUUCCUCUGCCUAUCCCUCUACCACAAUCGUCAAUCCCACUAUUGUCCUCUUGCAGCACAAUCGAGAACAGCAAAAAAGGCUUAGUAGCCUGGCAGAUUCAGUUCCAGAGAGACUAGUUUCUGAUAAAGUUGAUUCAGCACUCAUACGGGACAAGCCGGUUCAGGAGACAGUGCCAAGUGAGAAGAGGGCAAUGGAGGAGAAGAGAAGCAUUGUCAAGAGCCCUCACCACAUGGCUGAUACCUCCGUCGAUGAUAUUGGCAUUCCACUGAGGAAUACAGACAGAUCGAAGGACUGGUACAAGACAAUGUUUAAACAGAUCCACAAGCUAAAUAGAGAUGAAGAUUCUGAUUCAUAUUCUCCUCGUUAUUCCUAUUCUGAGGACAGCAGAACCCACCUUUCAGUUCCCCGUUCCAAGAGUGAAAUGGACAAUAUUGAUUCAGAGAAGGUUGUUAAGAGGUCUGCCACUUUGCCACUGCCAAACCGUACUUCAUCGCUGAAAUCAAGCCCAGAAAGGACUGACUGGGAGCCUCCAGACAAGAAGGUGGACACCAGAAAAUACCGUGCAGAGCCCAGGAGCAUUUAUGACUAUCAGCCGGGAAAAUCCUCAGUUCUGAACAAUGAAAAGAUGACUCGGGAUAUAAGCCCAGAAGAGAUAGAUUUAAAGAAUGAACCUUGGUAUAAAUUCUUUUCGGAAUUGGAGUUUGGGAAACCG